CUGAUCAACAAAACCAUAGCAAAGCCCGCCUUCGCGACCAUUCUUACUUGCUGCUUCUCCAUCACCCUUCAAAGCUCGCAAAGUAACCUCUCCGCUCCCAACACAAUGGCCGCCAUCAAGUCUCUCAUGACCCGCGACUCGGUCGCCCACCAGCUCGUCAAGCGCCAGAACUGGGCUUCUAAGGAGGCUGGUGUUAUCGUUGUCUUCUGCAUCGUUGGUGUUGUCGCCAUUGGUCUUCUCAGCCUCUUCCUUUACAAGAAGGCCGCUGCCCGCAAGGCCAACAAGGCCUCCGCCGUCUAA